AUGAAAGAAGCAUCCUUUGUUAAUCAUAGCCAUUUAGAAGGUACUGACUAUGAUUUGGUGCAAAAAGAAGCCCUACGUCUCGAAGAGAUGCUGGACGGUUUGAUAGAUGGAAUGAAGCGACGAGCACAGAUUACCGAGAAUAAGGAACAUCUGUUGGUAUUUGCUCGAAAAAGCGGUGGUCGAAAGCAGCGAGUCACAUGGUUACCAAGUGGACAGCAAAAAAUCCGUGGCACAUGGUUUGGCUUAGCGGAAAGCCUCAUCGAACAGUACUCGGUGAACCUUGAGCUGGAGGACGUGCAUGAACGUGAAAUGCGAGUGAUCAUUUGGAAGCACUUCAUAUUCGCCUUAUUACAUCAUCUGAUCGAAUAUAGCACUUCAAAUCCGGAAAGAGGAGGAGAUCGGUGA